AUGGUGGUUACCUUUGUGAUAGAUAAUCCCCCAUACUGUUUACGCCAUCGUUAUCGCUCUGUUGUGGCUGAGGAUGUAGAUACUGGGACAUUUUUGUUGAGUGUUAGAGCAUCAGAUGUUGAUGAAGAAUCUCAUGAAAAUUUCCGUUUCUACUUGACUGGUACAGGAGCUGAACACUUUUCCCUUGACAAAGCUGGAGGUCACCUUAGAACUGCGCAUAUUCUUGAUCGGGAGACUCAAAGCAAAUACUUGUUGACUGCACAUGUUCAAGACAGAGAUGGGACAACACAAGGAUGGGAAUGCAGUUCUCAAGUUGAAAUCCUUAUAGCCGAUGUUAAUGACAAUGCUCCUCAAUUCACUCUGGUCUCUUAUACAGCUUCACUAUCAGAAGAUGCUCAAGUUGGAACCUUAGUUGCUAAACUUCAUGCAAAUGACAAUGAUACAGGAAUCAAUCGUAAAGUACGAUAUGUAAUAGUUGAAGAUGACCCAGCCUUCCUCAGUAAACCUCAAUUUAAAAUUACCAGUGACAGUGGUAUUGUUACCUCGGCCCAACCUUUAGACAGAGAAGAAAAAGAUCAUUACAACUUGACUGUGGAGGCAUCAGACCAAGGCACCCCUCAGCUGAAAACCAGAACCCAUCUCUAUGUGAAAGUCUUAGACGUAAAUGAUAAUCCACCAGAAUUUGUUUCAAAACUUUACCAUGCAGUAGUACCAGAACUUUCACCUGUAGACACCACUGUUGUGAAAGUAAUGGCCACAUCCAAAGACAUUGGAGUGAAUGCAGAAAUUUCCUACUCUAUUGUUAGUGGUAAUGGGCACAAGAAAUUUGCUAUUGACAGCGAAACUGGUGUUUUGAGCAUUCGAGAACCAUUGGACUACGAAAUUUGUAGAAAUUAUUUCCUAACCAUCGAAGCUAUUGAUGGUGAAGUUUUGGCCAAUGCAAUUGAAUUCCAGCACAAAGAAGGUAUAUGGAGUGACUCAGAAAUUUUUCAAGCUGCUGAGCAUUUGAAACCACACUCAUGGUGGAAGGGUUUCUGUAACACUCAGGCUGUGGCUCCAAUUGCCAUAAGGAUUCUUCAACAGCCCUCCUCUGCAGCUCCAGUGGAGAGGCUGUGGUCAAAUUUUGGCUUAGUUCAUACCAAACUACGGAACAGGCUUAAAAAUAGUACCACUAAGAAAUUAGUAACAGUCAGGUGGAAUUCACUUCUAUCACGUAGAAAUUCUCCUUCUGAUAAAAAUAAGAAGAGAAGAACUAGAGAGACAAGUGAGUCAUUUUACGAUGCAACUGGAUAUCCUCUCCUACAAACUGAGCAGAAUCCUAAUAAUGAGAGUGAAGAGGAAAAUGAAGAGACUGACAACUCUAGCAUAGACUCUGACUUAGAAGAAGAAGAGGAGUCACUUAAUGACUCUGCUGAUUCUCAUUCAGUAUGUGAUAGUUUAAGUGAUGAAGAUGAAAACGGAAAUGACAAUGCUCCUAUCUUUAACCAACCUUCAUAUUCAGCUCGUAUAAGGGAAGACUCUGAUAUUGGUGGAAAAAUACUUCAGGUGAAUUUACAUGUCAAUUUAAUUCUCAUAGACAACUCUUCUGGAUACAUUUCUGUUGCUAAACCACUUGAUCGAGAAGUUUUGUCAAGUUAUGUUCUUGAAGUUGAAGCAGUUGAUGGUGGCAUACCUCCUCUUUCAAGCAUUGCCCUUCUCAAUGUUGAAAUUUCUGAUGUAAAUGAUAAUGCCCCAGUUUUCUCUGAAAAGAAUUACACAGCCGUUGUUCAGGUAACAAUACUUUCAAACAAGAAAUCAUAA